CCCGCUCAUGUAGGCACUCUGCCACUACAAAGCUACGUCGUGCCUACGGGCACCACUCAUUUUGCACUCAGUGCUGCCUCAUCUUUGAAAGCGCAUAAGAAAUGAAGUGAAAAAUAACAGAGUGCGUAAGAACUGGAGUAAAAUUGUUCACAUGAACAACUGGAGAGACCCGUUAGAAAUGGAAAUACAUCGAUUGUGCACGGCCAAACAUCGAUAGCACCGAUAUUUUCAAAACAUCGGUGCCAUCGAUGUUGGCAUCGAUGUUUCUCCACCUCUACUCCUCUUCGCGUCAAGUUCGGUGGUUUUAUCACACCGGUUCGCCGCGCGCGAAUUUCGGUUAAAUACUGGAGUGUAUCUGGCCAUUGCAAGAUCAAAUUGCGACCAUUUGCUUCGCUAAACAAGGACCAAAUUAAAAAAAAAAAAAAAUUGUCGGUUCCGCGGUCCGUGAUUUUUGUUUAAUUCGCGUUCGUUCCCCAAUUUGAAUUAAUUAUUGUUGUUGGUAAUCGGUCUUUUUUUUUUUGUUGUUUUUGCGAGUGCUUGUUGCAGCAACAGAAACCAAAGCCAAGCCAAGCCAAGCCUAUCCCAACAACAACAAGUGCGCGAGUGCAAGAAGAAGCAAGAGGCAAGUGCAGAACAACAACUGAGUGUGGCGACAGCUGUUUAAGUUAUUUUUCGGCCAAAAAGCAAAAUUAAUACAAUGCGGCAGGCGAUAAAAUAAAUAAGUGUCGAAAAAACAAAACAAAAGCCACAGAGCAUUCACCGUUAAGCAACAACGUCAACAACAACAACAAAAGCAAGUGAGGCAGCGAAAGACAAAAACCAAAGCAACAACUAAGCAAAGGCAAGAAAGGCGAAGCUGAAAGAAGAAGAAGAAGAGUUUGCGCAGUCACGUGUGCAGUCGACGUCAACGGCGGCAGCGGCAGAGAAAAAUUCCCAUGCGGAAAAUUCACAUUCGCGAUGAUGAUGAAAGGCGAGGCGAUGAUGAAGCUGUUAAAGAAGGAGCGAAAAGCUGCAGCAACAACUAACAGCUGUUAGAAAGAGACAGCUACCGCGUCAAUGUCUGACGAAGUGCCUUUGGGUCGCCUAUCGCAAAUCUUCGAUACGCUAACCAAUCUCCAGCAGCAACAGCACCUGCGUUCCCAGGAGCCACUGCAUCCGCAUCCGCAUCCACAUCCGCAGCAGGCGCCAACGGAGCAGCGAAGGAGAUCCGCCUCCUCGUCGCCAUCGCCAUCGCCCAGUGCUUCCGCCUCGACUUCAGGGCGGGCCACGCCUUCUUUGGGCGUGGCCAGCCCUCUAAACACACUACAAUACUACAGCCACGCCCACAAUUAUUUCCUGAGGCCGCAAGAUGGCGCCAGCAGUGGCUACCUGCACACCUUUCCAUCGCAUCUGUACCACUACCAUCAGCAGCAGCAUCACCAGCUGCACCACCUGCAGCAGCACAGCCAACCGCCCUCGCUGCCCACCCAGUUGGCCGGGGGGCGUGGCUGUCUUUCGGGCUCACAAUCGCUCCAGGGAUCACCGCUUUUGGCCAAGAGGGCGACCUCAUUCAGUGGACCAUUGCCGCUCGCUCAGGGUCGUUUUGCCACCGGAGGAGCAGGAUCUGGAGCAGGGGCCACUGCAUCGACGCCCAACAGUCCGAGGCUGUUGCCCCGCCGCGUGCCACGCCCACCGCCUAUUCCGGCCAAGCCAAGCCAGGUGAAGGCGGAGCAACAACAACAGCCAAGGGACCCGCCGCCAAGGGAUACGAGUACCAUGGUUCAGUCCAAUGUGAAUCCCGUGCUGGCAGCUCUGGAUGCACCGGAUGCUCCAUGGCCCCACUUCUCGACGCUCACCGAACACCUGGACGUCCACCAGGUGAACAACUACGGGCAGGCACUUCCGGAGAUUAAUUGGCAGGAACGAUGUCUGGAGUUGCAACUGGAGCUGCAUCGGUCCAAGAAUCAGGCGGGGCGUAUACGCGAUAUGCUGCGUGAAAAGCUAACGGAGCUGGAACAGCGCGUCAUCGAAGCGGAAGAACGCGCCGAGGAAGCCGAAGAUAAGGUGCGUGCCAUGGAGCAGCGGCUGAGUGAGUGGCCCAAGCCGCCGCCCCAACAGCCCCAGCAUCCGCAUUCGCAUCCGCAUCCGCACCAGCCAGUGCCCAGUCAUCCGCAGGAGCAGCAGGCCAGGAACAAUAGUUCGCCGAGUCAUCAGGCAGGCGGAGCAACUGCAGCAGGGUCUGGAACACCGCCCAUCCAGGAAGCGGAGAAAACCAUCACCUCCCUGGAGAUCCAAGUGGAGGAACAGAGGCAACUGAGACUCCACGACGCCCGACAAAUAGAAGCGAAGGCUGCCAAGAUCAAGGAGUGGGUGAACAACAAGCUCCGCGAUCUCGAGGAGCAGAACCAGUUGCUGCGGGAACAGAACGUCAAGUGCAAUCAGCAGUUGGAGCUGCUCAAGAAUCACAUAGCCAAUCAAUCGCAGCGACAUAGUAUCGUAGGUCCUGUGCGCAACAGCCUUAGCCUAGACGUGCAGGAUUUCGCCGGGUCCGGGUCCAAUUCCGAGCAUCGUAGGAGAAGCGAAAGCCUAGAUCCCCAGGAGAGCAUUGGCCGACCCCUCACCAGCUCAUAUCCCCAUCACCAGCACAGGAGAAACCUCUCGAUGGAGCCUCAGGAACUGGAACGUAAUCUGGUGGCUGCAGUGGAUGGCUUGACCCUCGCCCCACUUUCCAGCAUCUCCAGCAAAGCUCCUGGUGGAGGAGGAGGUUCCACUGGUUCGGGCGCAGUUCCCAGGCCAGAUAGCUCCGAUACAGAUACGGCCCAUGAUUAUGCGGAGAUUUACACGCCAUCCUGCGAAAAGCUGCCCGCCUGGAUGAAGAACAAUCCGGCUUUAAUGGCCAGUGGCGGAAAUUCCAGCACCACCACAACUACCACCAGUGAACUAGGCGUGCCACGCCCUCCCACACCGCCCUUGCAUCGGUUUCCCAGCUGGGAGGCGAAGAUCUACCAAGUGGCCAACGAUGGACUGGCUGGAGCAGGAACGGGAACGAGUGCCGGCGAGAGUGCGGCCAGCCAGGAACCAGGUAUUCAAGAGGGAACGGGUACUGGCACGGGAACCAAUCUCUCCAAUGGCCGACGUCAUGGUCACAGCCAUGGGUCUGCCACGUGCGAUGGACACGGAGCCCUGGGCAGCACCCCGGGAACUCCGCUGCCGCCUUCGAGGCAACAACAAACCGCCAGUGGCGGCUUCUGUGAUAUAUCCGUGCCCGUCUACGCAACGGUUAAGGGUCGAGCCUCACAGAUCCGUUCGAUGCCAUUUACGGGCGAUUCGAGCGACGACUCCAGUGACGGUGAGGACCAUGCGGUGAUGCUCACCCACCACUCGCACAACUCCUCGAGCACGGACAACACGGAGACCUCCACCUCGGGCAGUGCCUCCAGUCCCUCGAAGAGCCUGAAGACCUCAUCCAGCUUGAGUCCGGCUAAGCGCAGUGGUUCGGAGAGCCCCAAGAACGCCAAGGCGCGUGUCCACCUCCAACCUCGCACAUCCACCACACACUGCAGCCACAUCAACCAGCUUCUCCAACCGCAAUCGCAAUCGCACCACCAACACCACACUCUACCCCACCACAAUCAUAACCACCAGUUGGGGGCCUACACGCUGGCGCCAUCGAAUGGGCAGAUAACGUUGCCACGCCCCCAAACGCCCACGCGACGCGGCCACGCCCCCCAUUCCGUCAACACCCCCUCCCCCCUCCAGCACAUGCGUGGCACAGUAAUUUCAGAUCUCUCCUUUGAAUCAGGCCUCUCGGACGACUACGCCCUGCCCCCCGACGCCGUUUCGGAGUCCACGUGCAUGGACGCUUCGAUGCCAUCGCUGCUGAUGCGGCAGUCCUACGUGGAUUCGCCCAGCAAGAAGAUCGAGUCGCUGGAGAAGAUGGGUCACCUGGCCAAGCUAGGUGGCAAGUUGAAGACUUGGCGCAAGCGCUGGUUCGUUCUGAAGAACGGAUCCCUCAACUAUUGGAAGAGUCAGCAUGACGUGCAGCGGAAACCACAGGGCCAAAUCCAACUGGACGAAGCCUGUCGCAUCAACCGGGCGGAGGGAGCAUCCACUUUCGAGAUAGACACGGGCAAGAAGGUAUACUACCUCACGGCGGACUCACAUGCCACCAUGGACGAUUGGAUCCGGGUGCUGCAGAACGUGCAGCGGAGGAAUGCCACCAAACUGCUGCUGAGUCGCGACGAUCAGAAGCCCACAGUGCAGGGCUGGGUGACCAAGGUGAAGAACGGACACCCCAAGAAGUGCUGGUGUGUGCUGUUGGGCAAGAUGUUCCUCUACUUUAAAGCCCCGGCUGAGACGAACCCCCUGGGCCAGAUCAAUAUGCGCGAUGCCCGAGUCGAGGAGGUGGAACACGUUUCCGACUCAGAUUCCGAGGAGCGAGAGGACGCCGCCCAGGAUCAGGCUAGACUCACGGUUGCCAUCUAUCCAGCGCACCAGGGACCAACCUACCUGAUCCUAUCCGGCAAACCAGAGCGGGAUAACUGGCUCUAUCACCUAACCGUCGUUUCAGGCGGCGGUCCAAGUGCUGGCACACAGUACGAACAGCUCGUUCAGAAGCUCAUGGAGACCGACGGCGAUCCUAACUGUGUCUUGUGGCGCCAUCCAAUUCUACUGCACACCAAAGACACCAUCACGGCCCCGCUUUCAUCCAUGCACACGGAAACCAUGCAGCCGGAGGCCAUCAAGCUCUUCAAGAGCAUUCAGCUGUUCAUGUCGGUUGCCGUCAACCAGCCGGGAAUCGACUACCACGUGGUGCUCGCCCAGAACGCUCUGCAGCAUGCUUUGGAUAUGCCCGAGUUGCAGACGGAGAUGAUAUGCAUCCUGAUCAAGCAGACCUCCCGGCACAUGGGUCAGAAGCUCAGUGUCGGCGUCCAGGUAAACAAGAAGCUGGGCAAGCAAACGCGCCAACUACUGUUGUGCGCCACCCAAAGCCUGUUCACCUGUGAUACCCAACAGGCGGGCCACGCCCAAGCCAACGGCAGUUCGCCCACCUCCAUACAGGCACCUGCCGCCCCGCCCAUAAUCGACUGCAAGAGCAACCCGCCCGCCUACAGCUUUGUCCAGGGCUGGCAGCUCCUGGCCUUGGCUGUGUCCCUGUUUGUCCCGCGCUCGAGUCGCCUGCUGUGGUACCUCAAGCUUCAUUUGUCCCGGAACGCGGAUACCAAGACGGAGACGGGCAAGUAUGCUGCCUACUGUGAGCGAGCUCUGGAGCGGACCCUAAAGAACGGGGGCCGCGAGACGAAGCCCUCGCGCAUGGAGGUGCUGUCCAUUCUGCUGAAGAACCCGUAUCACCACUCGCUGCCCCAUGCGAUUCCCGUGCACAUGAUGAACACCACGUACCAGGUGGUUUCCUUUGAUGGCUCCACCACCAUCGAGGAGUUCCAGGCCACUUUGGCUCACGAGCUGGGAACGAGGGACGCCACCAAUGGGUUCUGCCUGUUCAGCGACGAUCCGAUAGAGAAGGACCUGGAGCACUACCUGGAGCCGCUGGCCAAGCUGUGCGACGUGAUCAGCAAGUGGGAGACGGCGUUGCGGGAGAAGGGAUCAGGCAAGUUCGAAAACUCGCGGGUGAUCCAACUGAGCUACAAAAACCGGCUAUACUGGAAGCACACCAUCAAGUGCGAAACCGACAAGGAGCGCCUGCUCCUGUGCUACCAGACCAAUUCCCAGAUUGUCCAGGGCCGGUUCCCUCUGUCCAGGGAGCUGGCCCUGGAGCUGGCCUCGCUGAUGUCGCAGAUCGACAUGGGUGACUACUCGCUGGAGAAGUCUCGGGAUGUGGGCGUGGGCCUGAAGGGUCUGGACAAGUUCUAUCCGUAUCGGUAUAGGGAUGCCCUGGGUGCCGAGCAGCUGAAGGAUGUGCAGGAGCUGCUGGUCUCCAAGUGGAUGCUCCUGAAGGGCCGCUCCACCCUGGACUGUGUGCGCAUUUACCUUACCUGCUGCCGGAAGUGGCCGUAUUUCGGAGCCUGUUUGUUCCAGGCCAAACCCCGACAGAGUCCAGAUUCAAACACUGCGGCGGGAACUACUCCGGUUGCUUGGUUGGCGGUGGCGGAAGAUGCUCUGAACGUCCUUGAGCUGUCCACAAUGGCUCCCGUGGCUAGGUAUCCUUACAGCUCCGUAAUGACCUUUGGCGGCUGCCAGGACGAUUUUAUGCUAGUGGUUUCCCACGAUGACGGCGGUGGCUGUGAGCAGAAGCUCCUGUUUGCGAUGAGUAAGCCCAAGAUCUUGGAGAUCACACUGCUUAUAGCCGAUUACAUGAAUGCUCUGGGUCACACGGUCCCCGGAACUCCCCAGAUGAACUCCCUCACCCGAAAUGGUUCGCAUCGUUCGCUGAGAGCCUCCCAGCGUCCGACUUUAGGCGGUGGCUCCGCUGUGGCCACCGGGUUCUCCACGAACGCCACCACCACGGCUCACAACACGCUCAAUUCGCAUGCCACGCACACGCUCAACUCAAACCACUCGCACACGCUGAGCAGCUCUCAUCACGCCGGCGGAGGAAGUCAGCCCGGCACCCUGAGCUCGGGUCACCAUCAGCACCACCAUCAUCAGCAGCACCAUCAGCCAGACAUAUUAAAGAGCACGCCGGAUCACCAGAGGAUUAAGUGAAGAUAAGCGCAGAUAGGAUCACUAAUGGGAGUGCGAUUCCUGUGCGUAUCACAUAUGAAGGAUAACAGAAACGAGGAGCCAGCGUAUCCCUGCUGAAAGAUCACACAUUGUACAUAAACGAGGAUCGCAGCUAUCACCAGACAUAUACGACUUAACGAUACAUAUGCACCAGCCUAGUGGCUACAAAUAUACACCUAAAGAUA